UAUCCCUCCUCCUCUCCCUCUGCCUCUCCAUUUCCCUCGAUCCGGCCUCCUCAUCUGCACAGCAGACUGUGCCUGUCAUCUCCACGGCGCAUGGCCGCAUCCGUGGCAUCCUGACCCCGCUGCCCUCCGACCUCCUGGGGCCAGUCAUCCAGUACCUGGGAGUACCAUAUGCAAGGCCUCCAACAGCAGACCGGCGCUUCCAGCCGCCCGAGCCUCCUUUGCCCUGGCCAGGAAUACGAAAUGUGACGCAGUUCGCUCCCGUGUGCCCGCAGUCGCUGGAUGAGAGGAGCAUGCUGGGAGAUAUGAUGCCUUCCUGGCUCACAGCUAACCUGGAUAUAGCGGCGACGUACCUCACUCACCAGAGUGAGGAUUGUCUCUACCUCAAUAUCUACGUGCCCACUGAGGAAGACAUCCAUGAGGAGGGGGGUCAGCGGCCGGUGAUGGUCUACGUCCAUGGGGGCUCGUACACAGAAGGCACUGGCAACAUGAUGGAUGGCAGCGUGCUGGCAAGCUACGGCAACGUCAUUGUCAUAACCCUCAACUAUCGCCUAGGAGUACUGGGAUUUCUCAGUACAGGUGACCAGGCAGCAAAAGGGAACUACGGCUUGCUGGAUCAGAUCCAGGCUUUGCGCUGGGUGAAGGAGAACAUUGCAGCCUUCGGAGGAGACCCAAGCAGGGUCACUGUGUUUGGAUCCGGGGCUGGGGCCUCGUGCGUCAGCCUGCUCACCUUGUCUCACUACUCUGAGGACCUGUUCCAUAGAGCUAUCAUCCAGAGCGGUAGUGCUUUAGCCAGUUGGGCUGUCAACUACCAGCCCAGCAAGUACGCCCGUCAGCUUGGUGAGAGGGUGGGCUGCGGCAUCGACGACAGCACUCAACUGGUCGCCUGCCUUCAGGGCCGGAGUUACCGCGAACUUGUGGAGCAGAGCAUAACGCCGGCCAAAUAUCACACAGCUUUUGCCCCGGUGAUUGAUGGUGAUGUUAUACCUGAUGACCCCCAGAUUCUGAUGGAGCAGGGAGAGUUUCUGAACUACGACGUGAUGCUGGGGGUUAAUCAGGGCGAGGGCGUGAAGUUUGUAGAGGGCAUUGUGGACUCAGAAGACGGUGUCACGGCUGAGGACUUUGACUUUGCAGUGUCAGACUUUGUGGAUAGUUUGUAUGGAUACCCAGAAGGCCGAGAUACAUUGAGAGAGAGCAUAAGGUUCAUGUACACGGACUGGGCGGACCGGGACAAUGCAGAAACUCGGCGAAAGACUUUGGUAGCGCUAUUCACAGACCACCAAUGGGUGGCGCCAGCAAUCGCUACAGCUGACCUCCACGCUCAGUAUGGAUCGCCCACAUACUUCUACUCCUUUUACCACCACUGCCAGAGUGACGCCACGCCGCCCUGGGCUGACUCUGCCCAUGGUGACGAGGUGCCCUACGUGUUCGGUGUGCCCAUGGUGGGACCCACUGAUUUGUUCAACUGUAACUUCUCCAAGAACGACGUGAUGCUGAGCGCUGUUGUAAUGACUUACUGGACCAACUUUGCCAAGACUGGUGACCCAAACCAGCCGGUUCCUCAAGAUACCAAGUUCAUCCACACUAAACCUAACCGUUUUGAAGAAGUGGCCUGGUCUAAGUACACCCCUAAAGAGCAGCUGUACCUCCACAUUGGCCUGAAGCCGCGUGUCAGAGACCACUACCGUGCCACCAAAAUCUCCUUCUGGCUCCAGCUGGUCCCUCACUUGCAUCAUGUCAACGAGCUCCUCCAAUCGGUGUCCUCCUUCACCCAUAGUCCCUCUCCACAGGAUGAUACUCCUUAUUCUUACACCAAGCGUCUAGCCAAAGGUUGGCCGCCUAGUAGUACACGUCACCCAGGUUCACAACCAGGUACUCCACAGCCACCAGAGUCUGCUUUAGGCCAAGGUGGAGGGGAAGACGGGGUCCGUGUCCCUAAUGAGGACUACUCAACUGAACUCUCAGUGACGAUUGCGGUGGGAGCGUCACUGUUAUUUCUUAACAUCCUUGCGUUUGCGGCCUUGCUGUACAAGAAAGACAAGAGGCGUCUGGAGCAUCGUCGGCCACGUCCACUUCCUCCCCCGAGACGAGACAUCACACCUGCAGAUGUUGCGGCCCACCUGCAGGGGGAGGGACUGAUGUCUUUACAGGUGAAACAGCUAGAGUGUGAUGCGGCAUCAGCAGACGAGAGGAACAACACUCACCACCAUCACACUCUGGAUACGCUGGACGCCCUGGAUGGCAUGGACACCCAGGACAUCUACAGCACACUGGACACCGUGCGCCUCACCUGCCCGCCAGACUACACCCUCACCCUGCGCCGCUCGCCUGACGACGUCCCCCUCAUGACCUCUCUGACCCCAGGAUCACUGCCUGUGACUCCUGGAUCACACCCUGUUACCCCGGCAACGCCGAUGACCCCCAUGACGCCUGGAUCAGUGGUGGGGAUGAGGAUGGGGCAUCCACACCAGGGAUACACACACCAUAGCCCAUAUAGUAAUACACACUUGCCACACACACACAUCUCCACGCACACACACUCCACCACGCGUGUAUAACCGCAGCAAGAUACUUGCACACACAGGGACA